AUGGAGUCUACCGACCAGAAGUUAAAAUCCACCCAUUUGGAAAAUGUUACGACUCAUGAUAACCUGCCAGACGAGCAGGAAUGUCAGAAGCAGACUGCAUGGCAGUGCCUAGCUCAGAACCCCUGGGUCUUCCUCUUUUGUCUCUAUGGCAAUCUCGGGGCAUUCAUGUAUGGCUUCGAUAAUCUGGUAUUAUCGUUGUCUCUUUCAAUGCCGGGAUUCGCUAUGGAGUUUGGAGAGCUUACCAACGGCGCAUACGUGAUUCCAGCAUACUGGCAAUCUCUGUGGAACGCAAUGUCACAGGUGGCCACGAUGAUCGGGGCAGCCAUCGCCGGACCGGUGCAAGAUCUUCUAGGUCGCCGUGCUUCAUUUCUCCUGGCAGCGGUUGUGUCUGCAGCUGGCGUGGCCGUUGUGUAUACAUCACAUACCCCUGGUGUCUUCCUUGCUGGCAAGAUUGUAAACGGCCUGUCGAUGGGUAUAUGUUUGACCACUGGACAAACCUAUAUCUCGGAGGUGACACCGCUUCCACUGCGUGGCAUUGCAUUGUCUUUCUUCACAUUCUGCAUGAAUCUCGGAUAUAUGAUUGCUGCUUCGGUAGCAUUGCCUCGAAUGUCAAUGAUCUCCUCGGAUGCCUAUCGGGUACUCUUUGCCGCCGCAUGGGUCUGGCCAGGCGUGAUACUUCUGUUCCUCCCAUUCCUCCCCGAGUCUCCCUAUUUCCUGGUCAUGAAGAACCGUCUUGAGAAAGCACGCAAGUCCCUCGCUCGACUAGGCAACAAAUCAUCAGAAAUCACCGAGCUUCUUGAGCAAAUGAUUCGGGUUAACGAGGAGGAAAAGGCGCGCAGUGCUGCUUCUAAGGAGACUAGUUUCAUUGAGUGUUUCCGCGGAACAAACUGGCGCCGCACUCGCAUCAUUCUGUUCUGCAACGGUUUGCAGCAAGUCAUUGGAUCUAGCUUUAUGUCAAACGGGCCCUACUUCCUGGUCCAGGCUGGUAUGUCCUCUGCCAAGAUUGGCAUGAUGACUGAGAUUGGUAUUGGUUUUGGUAUUGCCAGUUCCAUUCUCACUGCCUAUCUGAUGACCAAGGUUGGCUCCAGACGGCUGAUCAUGUUCGGCCUCUGUCUCUCCACAACCUUCUUUACGGUGAUGGGUAUCGCAGGUUGUUUCCCGAAAUCAAGUGACGCCUUGUGGGUUGUUGGAAUCUUCCUCCAGCUUUCAUGGUGGGUUUACGGACCCGCAAUCGGUCCUGCAAUGGCCAUUGCUGGUGAAGUAUCCUCCGUGCGUCUGCGUGCCAAAUCUAUGGCUAUCGGCUUCGCUUUCAACUACUUCUUCUCCACAGUAUGGAAUGUGGUUAUCCCAUACCUAUACAAUACGGAUGAAGCUGACUUGGGCGGCAAGAUUGGAUGGAUCUUCGCCGCUAUGGGGGCUGCUGCGCUGGCCGGGGUCUAUUAUACAAUUCCCGAAACCAAGGGACGGUCUUUCGAGGAAUUGGAUGAGAUGUUUAACGAGAAUGUGGGAACACGAGCUUUCCGCAAGUACCAAUGUGCUAUGCCUCAGCAGUUGCAGAAGCUUGGCCCGGAAUAG